UGUUCUCGCGAGAGUGUAGGAACGUCACCGUAGGUGUAAAUCAAAGAUGGACGCUGGUGGUGGAGGUGGGUUGAUUAUCAAUAAUAAACAGAAAGCGAUGUUACCGAACAAAAGAGGUGAAUUCAUCCGCAACCAAAGGAAAGACUCUGAGGGCUUCUCAGAGUCUCCUGAUCUGGAGUUUGAAUAUGCGGACACAGACAAGUGGGCUGCAGAACUCUCAGAGCUGUACAGUUAUACAGAAGGACCCGAGUUUCUGCUAAACAGGAAAUGCUUCGCAGAAGACUUCAGAACUCAUGUCACAGAUAAGAAGUGGACUGAGCUGGACGCGGCGCAGCACCGGGCUCACGCCAUGCGGCUGCUGGACGGGCUGGAGGUCACCGCGCGGGAGAAGAGGCUGAAGGUGGCGCGCGCCAUCCUCUAUAUGGCACAGGGUACUUUUGAGGAGUGUGGCUCGGAGGCCGAGGUACAGCACUGGAUGCGGUACAACAUCUUCCUGCUUCUGGAGGUGGGAACGUUCUCAGCCCUGGUGGAGCUCCUCAACAUGGAGAUUGAUAACAGUGCCGCAUGCAGCAGCGCGGUCCGAAAGCCCGCCAUCUCCCUGGCUGACAGCACAGACCUCAGGGUGCUGCUCAACAUCAUGUACCUGAUGGUGGAGGCCAUCCAGCAGGACGACCCCGCCGACACCGUGGAGUGGAGGGCCGCUCGGGAGACCUUCAAGACCGAGCUGGGGUCUCCUCUCUACAACAACGAGCCCAUAUCCGUCAUGCUCUUCGGCAUGGUGACCAAGUUCUGCAGUGGCCACGCCCCCCACUUCCCCAUGAAGAAGGUGCUGCUGCUGCUGUGGAAGACCAUACUGUUCACGCUGGGUGGGUUUGAGCAGCUGCAGAACAUCAAGGUGCAGAAGCGGGAGGAGCUGGGGCUGCCCCCCCUGCCGGAGGACAGCAUCCGGGUGAUCCGCAGCAUGAGGGCGGCCUCGCCCCCCGCCUCCGCCUCCGACCUCAUCGAGCAGCAGCAGAAACGCGCGCGCCGUGAGCACAAGGCCCUGAUUAAACAGGACAACCUGGACGCCUUCAACGAGAAGGACCCCUACAAGACGGACGACCCCCGCGAGGACGAGGACGACAACGACGACAACGACAACAGCCUGGAGCCCGAGACCUUCCCCCUGGAGCGGGACGAGGUCAUGCCCCCGCCCAUCCCGCACCCGCCGUCCGAGAGGGUGUCCUUCCCCAAAGGCCUGCCCUGGGCCCCCAAAGUCAGGGAGAAAGACAUAGAAAAUUUCCUGGAAUCGAGCAGAAGCAAAUUUAUUGGUUAUACGCUGGGAAAUGACACAGAUACGGUUGUGGGCUUGCCCAGGCCAAUCCACGAAAGCAUCAAAACCUUGAAACAGCACAAGUACGUGUCCAUAGCGGAAAUUCAGAUUGCGAGGGAGGAGGAGUUUCAGAAGACUCCACUGUCAGGGGGUGAAGAGGAAGUGGAGAUGAGCUCCACUGAGCUGCUUUACCAGGGUAUCCUUCCCAGCCUGCCUCAGUACAUGAUCGCCCUGCUGAAGAUCCUACUGGCGGCAGCCCCCACCUCCAAGGCCAAGACGGACUCCAUCAACAUCCUGGCCGACGUGCUGCCUGAGGAGAUGCCGACCACCGUGCUGCAGAGCAUGAAGCUGGGCGUGGACGUGAACCGCCACAAGGAGAUCAUCGUCAAGGCCAUCUCCGCCAUCCUGCUGCUUCUCCUCAAGCACUUCAAACUCAACCACAUCUACCAGUUUGAGUACAUGGCCCAGCACCUGGUCUUUGCCAACUGCAUCCCCCUGAUUCUCAAGUUCUUCAACCAGAACAUCAUGUCCUACAUCACUGCCAAGAACAGUAUCUCUGUGCUGGACUUCCCUUACUGUGUGGUGCACGAGCUCCCAGAACUGACUGCUGAGAGUCUGGAGGCUGGCGAUAACAACCAGUUCUGCUGGCGGAACCUGUUCUCCUGCAUCAACCUGCUGAGGAUCCUCAACAAGCUCACCAAGUGGAAGCACUCCAGGACCAUGAUGCUGGUGGUGUUCAAGUCUGCUCCCAUCCUGAAGAGGGCGCUGAAGGUCAAGCAGGCCAUGAUGCAGCUCUACGUGCUGAAGCUGCUCAAGGUGCAGACCAAGUACCUGGGCCGGCAGUGGAGGAAGAGCAACAUGAAGACCAUGUCCGCCAUCUACCAGAAGGUCCGCCAUCGCCUCAACGACGACUGGGCCUACGGCAACGCAGACCUGGACGCCCGCCCCUGGGACUUCCAGGCGGAGGAGUGCGCCCUGCGGGCCAACAUCGAGCGCUUCAACAGCCGCCGCUACGACAAGAGCCAGGGCAACCCCGACUUCCUGCCCGUGGACAACUGCCUCCAGAGCGUCCUGGGCCAGCGGGUGGAGCUGCCGGAGGACUUCCAGAUGAACUACGACCUCUGGCUGGAGCGCGAGGUCUUCUCCAAGCCCAUAUCCUGGGAGGAACUGCUGCAGUGAGGGGAGGGCAGAGCUGCCCCGAACCUGCCCCAAACCCCGCGGCCUUCACCGAACUUCGCCCGCCCAUCGGUGGACCGGCUUCCCAGCAACCCCCACACACGCACACAGUAACCGACAGGUGGACACGGGCCGUAGCCGACUUAGCCGCUGGCUGUGUCGCUUCGUUCUGGCGCGUCUGUGAAUCGGGGUCUGACCAGAGCUGUGUCUUGCCGAGCAUUAUUCUCACCCAUCUGCACACACACCAUCCGGCCAUCCUAGCGUCCUCCUCAAAGCAUUUUUCCCCAUUUAUAUGAAUUAGCUCUCCUCCUUAGCCCUGCGCUAUUAAAUCUCUACCUCUCCUCAAACCCCUCCCCCCU